UGACACUAAUAUUUUUGUCUUUCAGCUGAGGUGGAAGGACUGCGGGUCACUGUGCCUGAGAAGAAGAAGGUGGCCAUGUUGUUUCAGCCUGCUCUGCUUCGCUGCCAUUUCUCUACUUCUUCCACCCAACCAGCUGUGGUGCAGUGGAGGUAUAAAUCUUACUGCCAGGACCGGAUGGGAGAAGCACUGGGUAUGGUAACUUCUGGUUUACAAACAAUGAGCAAGAGGAACCUGGACUGGGAUCCCUACCUGGACUGUGUGGACAGCAGAAGGACGGUCCGUGUCGUGGCCUCCAAGCAAGGAUCUGCCGUCACUAUAGGGGACUUCUAUAAGGAAAGAGACGUCAGCAUUGUCCAUGAUGCAGAUCUUCAGAUUGGGAAGCUGAUGUGGGGAGACAGUGGGCUGUAUUACUGCCUUAUUAUCACACCAGAUGAUGUGGAGGGCAAGAAUGAAGAAUCAGUGGAGCUGCUUGUACUUGGCAGGACAGGGCUGCUUGCUGAUCUCUUGCCCAGUUUUGCUGUGGAGAUUAUGCCAGAAUGGGUCUUUGUUGGCCUGGUGAUCCUUGGAGCAUUCCUGUUCUUCCUGUUGGUGGGAAUCUGCUGGUGUCAGUGCUGCCCGCACAGCUGCUGCUGUUACAUCCGCUGCCCCUGCUGCCCUGAGUCUUGCUGCUGUCCCCGGGCGUUGUAUGUUGCAGGCAAGGCAGCAAAAGCAGGGUACCCUCCUGCGGUCUCCUCCAUCCCAGGUCCAUACUACAUCCCCAGUGUUCCUGUAGCUGGUGUCCCGUCUCCUGCUGUGCUGAUGGAUAAGUCACACCCACCUCCCUUGGCCCCAAGUGACACUGGCGGAGGAAACCAAAAUGCAGUGCGCAAAGGGUACAGGAUCCAGACGGACAAGGAAAGGGACUCCAUGAAAGUGCUGUACUAUGUCGAGAAAGAACUGGCUCAGUUUGACCCAGCGAGGAGAAUGCGAGACCGAUAUAACAACACUGUUUCUGAGCUCAGCUCUUUGCAUGAGGAUGAUUUGAACUUCAGGCAGCCCUACCGCCAGGCACGAAGGAAGCCUCUGCCUCCUGCAGAAGACUUGGAUGGUGAUGCUGAGUACUGGGCAGGAGUCAUUGGUGGGGGCAGCACAUCAAGAUCACAGGCGAUCUCUGAUUACAGAGAUGAGAGGGACAGUUUCCGGCACAGCCAGCAGAGAUCCAAGUCCGAGAUGUUGUCCCGCAAGAGUUUCUCUGUGGGAGUUCCAGCCGUCUCUAUGGACGAGCUGGCAGCCUUUGCAGAGUCCUACAGCCAGCGGGCCCGGAGGGCAGACAGCCAGGAGACUCGGCGUUUCGAGCGGUCGGAGUCACGCAGUGGCCGUGCUGGAGGGCUGACCCAUCAGGAUAGCUCCAUGGAGGAGUACUACACUAAGCGCAGCAGAGGGAACCGAGAACCACUGACGGACUCGGAACGGGGCUGGUCUUACAGCCCGCCCCGGAGACGGGCCCAUGAGGAGAAGCACCUGCCCAGGCUGGUGAGCCGGACACCGGGAGGGAGCCAGAAGUACGAUCACUCCUACCUCAGCAGUGUCUUGGAGAGAAAGUCCCGGAGCUAUGAUGAAAGUGGUGACCAUUGUGAAACCCCCUCAAAGCUGAGCUCACAGCCCAGCCAGAGAGGAGGGGGAACGUAUUAUGCUUGGUCACCGCCUUCUACCUACAAAUCCGAUACGUCUCAGCAGCAGCAGACACCACCACCCGAGCAGGAGGAAGAGGAGGACACCCUGCCUCCCUACAGCGAGAGGGAGCUGAGCCGAGGCCCUUCAUACCGUGCCAGGGAGCAGGCCUACCUCAAUGCCUCUGACAAGAAGAGGAAGAAGGAUCCCAAGAAAACAAACGAUUUCCCAACGAGAAUGUCCCUCGUGGUUUGAAGUCACUGUGGAUGUGCCAUGCCAAUGGGCUGGAUACCAUGAUGUUGCUGCAGUGGAAAAGAUGCAGAGCAACAAGCAAACUGGGCCCCAGUGAACCUUUUCAGCCACCAGCCAGGGACUCCUUGUUCAAAAGUUGUUUCAUCAGGGCAGCAGACUCCCAUAAAGAGCACCCAAUCUCAGAGGCUUUGGAAGUCUGCCAGGAAAAUGAGCCAGGGCUUCUUUGGCACCCUCCAUUCUGCACUGGAAGGCAGCCAUGUUCUUACAACCCCUGCAGCCCUGAACUAGGAGCAAGGCUGCCUUUGUGCCUCUUUUCCUAUCUCAUGUGCAGAAGGAGGCCUGUGUGCAUACCUCAUGCUCCCUCUGUCUCCUCUGUUCACUGGAUCAAAAUCGUCUCCAUGCUUAGAGUCUAUUCUGUAUCAUCCCCACACUGGGAGGAGACCUUGUUCUUACAGCUGCAGACUGCCUCCAAGGCUCUAAAUUAUGAAAGAAAAUCUACAUCCUUUCAGACACCACAGAGCAGGACUGAUGAAGUGUUUCUUGCAAGGGCUGAACAGAGAGAGAGAGAGACGAGUGUGGUCUGGUUUGUUCAAUAUAUUCAGUUAUGUUCAUUGUGUGCUGAGAGUUGCAAGUGAGAUUGAUGUAUUGUUUUGAAAGUGGAUCAAAGUAGCUUUUCUUGUGA